AUGUGCAGAAUGGAAGACCCGAUUGAGCUCAUUUUAUGUCAUGGAGGAUUUAUGGAUAUGACAGGGGCUGUUCCAAAGUACGUUGGAGGUGAUGAAGCUGUGGUGAACAUGGUUGUCGAUGUAUUGUCCUAUUUCGAGCUAACAAAGACUCUAAUUGAAGAUUUAGAGUAUGUCUCCGUGGAAAGGCUUUGGUACUUGACUCCGGGUAAAAGUAUGGCCACUGGAUUGCACGAAAUUCAUUCAGACGCGGAGGUUAUGAAUGGAUUACUCCCAUGUGUAGCUAAAGGACAGGUGAGGGUCUACUUUGAAGCAACAAAAGACUUGGGUGAUGAUGGAUUUAUGGGUGACAACUACGGCCAUGAGCAUGAUGGUUCUGAUGAGGAUGGUGAAAACUCGGCUGUACCUGAGUUUGUUCGAGUAGGGGAAGAAGAUGAUGCCCAAACAUCUGAUGAAGAGUACCAUGAAAUCAGGCAGAAGGUUCGAAACAGGAGACAGAAUUAUAGAGCUCAGAUUCAGGAUUCGGGUGAGGAGGUUGAUCAAGUGGUAUUGGAGGAGGAUGAGGGCAGUGAGAAUGGAGGGCAGAAUGUGAGUGGAAGUGAAGAGCAGAAUGUGGGCAGUGGGAAUGGAGGGCAGAAUGUGAGUGGAAGUGAGGAGCAGAAUGUGGACAGUGGGAAUGGAGGCAAUCAACCAUCUCAAGCUGGUGAAGAUGAUGCAAAUAGUGGGGGAUCAAUGGAAACUGAGUAUAGGGGAUCAGAGGACUCUGCUCACGUUAGAGGCAACAUUGGUGAACAAGAUAAUGUCGCCAAGUUCGACAAAUCCGUGCUUUAUGAUCCUAAGUGCGAUCAUAAAGCAUUGAAGUUUGUUCCUUGUAUGCGCUUUAAAUCCCCUGAGCAGUUUAAGGCAGCUGUAAUGAGGCAAUCCAUUGUGAUUGGUGCUGAUAUCAGAUGGGUAAGGAGCAGUGACUUUAGGAAGGAGGUUGUGUGUGCGCAAAGGAAAGAAUUCCGUUGUGGGUGGAGGGUAUAUGCAAGUUGGUUUCGUAAGCACGAAGCAUUUAUGGUUAAAGGAGUUGGAACAGCUCACAGUUGCCCUCGUUCACUUCACAUUCGGGCAGAAGGUCAGAGGUGGAUAGCAGAAGAAUUUAUCGAGACAUUUAGGGCAAAUCAGGGUUGGGAUGUAGGCCUAAUAGCUGCUGAAAUUAAGCGGAAGUACAAUUUGGUUGUGUCAAACCAAACCUGCUACCGAGCUAGGCUAGAAGCGCGUCGCAUGUUAUAUGGAUCACUUGAAGAAGACUUUGCUCAAAUUAGAUCAUAUAUAGGACAUCUUCUGAAAGUUGACCCGCAAGGUUCCUUCCUUCUCGAGGUGGAUGUAGAUCCGGGUUGUGACAAGGUGUUCUUCAAGAGGCUCUAUAUUGGCUUCUCCAGUUUGAGCAAAGGAUUCCUGGCAGGAUGUAGGCCCUUCUUCUGCCUCGAUGGUUGUUUUUUAAAGGGGGAGGUUCAAGGAAUGCUUCUGGCUGCAGUUGGUAAGGAUGGGAACAAUCACAUGUUCCCAAUUGCAUGGGCAAUAGUGGAGUCUGAGAACAAAUCCUCUUGGAUUUGGUUCAUAAAUGCGUUGCAAAAUCAACUUGGGACUGCUGACGGUAGUGGGUUUACUAUUGUCUCAGACCAACAGAAGGUAACUACUUACUUUACUUAUUAUGACUAUUUGAAUACCUAA